ACAUUCAACAAAAAUGGCUAUCAAAUCAAAUUAGGGUUUCCGCUCGUCGAGACAUUUGAACUAUCGACCGGCACAAAAUAACCAACAAUUAUUUGUUUUACAAAUUAGUAUUUUACUGCCGUUAAUCGCUCAGUGUGAUAAUCCAUGGACGAGCAGCAUAAUGCAAGUGAAAUGAACCUCAUGGUUAAUGGAGAAGAUAACGGCGUUGGAAGAACUCCUGAACGCACCAACUUCGAAAAUUCUUAUCCUCACACUGGAAAUGGAGCUAGUCCUGGAAAAAUAUUUAUUGGGGGUCUUGCUCGUGAAACAACUUCUGCACAAUUUGUCAAAUAUUUCGGUAAAUAUGGAGAAAUUACGGAUUCUGUGAUAAUGAAGGACAGGAUGACAGGGCAUCCUCGCGGGUUCGGGUUUGUCACCUAUGCAGACCCAUCUGUGGUUGAUAGAGUCAUUGAGGAAACUCAUAUUAUUAAUGGAAAGCAAGUAGAAAUCAAGAGGACCAUACCAAGAGGAGCAAACAUCAAAGAUUUCAGAACAAAGAAGAUUUUUGUGGGUGGUAUUCCGACAACAGUCGGUGAAGAUGAAUUCGGGGACUUUUUUUCGAAGUUAGGAGAAGUGAAAGAGCUACAAAUUAUGAAGGAUCAUUCAAGUGGCCGCUCUCGUGGCUUUGGAUUUAUUACAUUUGAGACUGAACAGUCUGUUGAUGAUAUCUUGGCAAACGGCAACAGGCUUGAUUUUGCUGGAGCUCAGGUGGAGAUCAAGAAGGCAGAGCCUAAGAAGCCAAACCCUCCACCUCCACCACCUUCUAAGCGGCUGAGUAACUCAAGAGCUGGAUUUGGAGAUACGUAUGGUGGAUUUGGUGGAGUUGGUGGAUUUGGUGCAGGUUCUUAUAGAUCUGGUGGAGCCUACGGAGGUAGAGGUAGCGGCUAUGGUGGAUAUGGUGGAAGUGAAAUUGGUGUUUACAGUGGAUAUGGUGCGGGUGGAUAUGGAGGUUUUAGAGGGGAUCCUUCAUUAGAAUAUAACAGCCGUUAUGCGGGAGGCUAUGGUAGAGGCUAUGAUUUAGGUGGCGAGUACGGUAGGCAUGGUGAGAGUUAUGGAGGAUAUAGCGGUGGUGGAUAUGGAGGAUAUGGUGGUGUUACUGGUUUCGGGGGUGGCUAUGGAGGGGGUGACAGCAGCUAUGGAGGUUCGCUCUAUGGAAAUAGAGGCUAUGGUGGUGGCGGCGGGAGUGGGAGGUAUCACCCGUACGGAAGGUAGGGAAUAUUUAUCAGAUGACUAUCUCCAGUGACACAAAUUUAACAUUUUCUUUUUCCGGAUUUGUAUCAUUCGAAUAUCGGGUAGUUUAGCUUCAGCAAUUUGUUCACUUUGUAUGAGAGAAACUGAAUCUUGUGCAUUUUUAAUUUUAUUAACUAUUAGAUUUACCUUAUGGUCAUUUGCAAACUUCUGUGACA